UCAUCAUCAAUGCCUUUUUUAGCAUGUUGAACCUCACAAUUUACUGUUGUUAAUUAAUUCAACAGUAUCUUUUCUACUUACCAGUUUUGCAAGACUUAUAACUAGAUCAUCUCUCUACAUUCUUGAUGAAAUGGAUCAAUUAUUCUGGAAGUGCUCAUUUGAAAUGUUCCAGGUUUUAGUUAUAGGACAUUACUGAAUCUGAUGUUAGAGAAAACAUUAUGCAUCUUCCUGUUAUUCUGAAUUCUUUAGUACCAUUUGCAAGUCAUUGAUGUUCAACCUACAAGUAUAAACACGAGUAUCGUCUGUAUACGAUCAACAUGGGAUAUGGGAUGCUUGGUAGUGUCUAAACCCACCAACUACAAUGGAAAAAUAAGUGGAAUAUUGUCUGUGCGCUGGUGUUGUCUGAUGCCAUUAUUUCAGUGGUGGAAAAUUGCUCGGAUGUGAGCAUGAUAAUAAGUAACUAAUCAUAGGUACUCUUUAUCAACUCUCAAACACCAUUUUGAGACUUAUCUCUGAAAGAAAUGGCUGAUUGGAACUAAAUGCAUGUGGAUUAACAUGAUUGGUAAAGGAAUGUUGUCUGAGACAGAUGAUUAGUUGAAAGUUUUCAACAUCCUUGAUUCGAGGUAGAAGAGGAAUUUGGACUUGGAGAGGGCAGAAAUAAGACUACUUUUCUUGUAUUUUUCUGCAAACAGUACGGGAUACUGCCUCAAAAGACUAAUGUUUUCGGUCCAGCAGAGGCUCUUUUGCCUUCUCUCUUGUAACAAGUCCAACAUCCAUCUUUCCUCCUAUCAACUCUGCAGUCUGUUUAGCUUUUCCACUGCCAAAGAGCACAGUUCAAAUCAUAGAUCCAACUUUACAUUGGUCGGCCCCCUUGAGUCAUGUGAACUUUCCUCAAAAGAGGCUGUAAAAACGGCUGAUGAUAGCAUCUGUGAAAAAAAACUUUCAAGUUCAAGUCCUUCCAUUGAGUUCUUUAAGCAGAGUGGUUGGAGUGAUGCACAAGUCAUGAAGCUUAUGCAGAGGGAACCCAGGUUUCUACGUGCUAACGUAGAGACUAUCCUGAAGCCCAGGAUGAGAUCUUUGCUGGAGAUGGGAUUUUCUGACACUGAAAUAAUUCGGCUGGUUUCAUCAUGUUCUACACUGCUCCGUUUAAGUGAUAUCCAACCAAGGAUCAACUUCUGGAGAUCACUACUUGGUUCUAAUGAGAGGUUUCUGAAAGCCUGCAAGAGGAACAUGUUUGUUCUUACUUCUAGCUUGGCUCGGAAUAUAGAACCCAGUAUAUCUCUCUUGAGGGAACAUGGCAUCAGUGAUGAGCGGAUCGCGCAUAUGGUGGUGACAAUGCCGGGCGGUUUUGGUAGAAUAGACAAAUUAAAGGAAGUUAUCAAAUAUAUUGAUGAAUUGGGUGUCCCACGAGACUCUGGAGUAUACACUAAAGCACUUAAUGUGGUCAUUACCGUGAGCAGGUCCAGGUUUGAUGCUAUGUCGGUAACUCUGAUGAGCUUUGGGUGGUCCCAGCCUGACAUCAUUGCUUUAAUCGGGAAGUGCACCUCCAUUUGGACACUCUCAAAGAAGAACAUAUGUGACAAGAUGACAUUCCUGAUGAAGGAAGCUGGUUGUGAGCUGACAUAUAUCAUUGGCCAUCCCGUGCUUCUUACAUAUAGCUUGGAGAAGAGGUUGAGACCUCGAUAUGAUGUUAUGAAUUUUCUUGAUCAGAAUAAAUUGCUGGAUAGAGGGCAUAACCUGGCAUCUGUCGUGACGCUACCUGAAGAGAAGUUCAGAAACAAAUUCCUUUUCCUGCUAGGCAAGGAGAAAUUUAUUGCUCAAUAUGAGUCCUAUGUUGUUGCUGUGCAGGGAAAGAAUGACGUUGUUGCGGAAAACUAGGAUUGCAAGUGCUUCCUUAAGACGAAGUGUCAACCUAUUGCAUGCUGACUGCAAAUUAAUCACUUUAUAUUUGUGACUAUUUAAAUUCUGCAAGAGUUUCUUGGAGUAUAACUUCCAUGUUGA